CAGUGCGUGAGUGUAUAUAUAUAUGUAUAAAUAUAUAUGGCACCUUGAGCUGCCGCCGAAAUGUGUUCAUAGUGCGUAAGGCGUAGUCAUGGAGGAGGAGCAGCAGGUGCCACUGCCCCACGAACUGACCGCCGAAUGGACAGUGCGGGCACAUCUCACCUUUGCCCGGGCUGGAGAGCCGGUGCAAAAGGAGUUGAGUGCCCCAGAGGCAGUGCAUCCGGUGCGUGUGGUCUACAAAUGGUGUACACCCUCCGAGGAAGCCGAGGAGCAGGAUGUGGAUAAGACAGCAGCCACCAAUAUCACAGGGGCCAGCUUCCGUUCCACCAACUCCUCGGCCACAACCAAUGCAGAUUCUGCUUUCGGCAGUCCCCACGCAUCCAGAGCUGCUCGAAUUCCGGCACCUGCUCCUGCUCCAUCUCCCGUGGGAGCUACUGCCCAAGUGUGCGGCACACGAUGUCGCAGCACCUGCAACAUAAUGGUAUCCGCUGUGGCGGAUUUUCUGCCUCAGGAUGCUGGGAUAGUGACGACAAACAACGAACCCUUUGUGUACCACAGCAAAGUACGGGCCCAGCAGCUGAGAGAUGCCUUCUCCCAGACAAGCGAUACGGAGGAGCAGGUGCCCAAGAGGCGUCCAGCUUAUGAGCAACGAAGGGCCACCACCGAAGCGCUGAUGAACUUUACCAGCAAACGGCAGGCGGAGGAGGCUAACACAUAUGUGCCACCCUACUCGCCCACGCCCACUACGCCCUCGUCCACAUUCAAAUCGGCUUCAAUGUCGAGGAUACCACCGCUGGCAAGUCAAGGAUCUGCUGCUGCAACGCCUCGUCCCUCUAAUCCGGGCGAGAAAAAGCCCCGCACUGUACACAUUGAUGUCUACUGCACUGGCUCCGAGGAGGAGGAAGAGGAGAUGGCCGAUGAUGAGCGACAGGCUAGCUCCAGUUCUUCGGAUUCCGAUUUAGCUGGCAGCAAACGCUACGAACUAGACUCUAAUUCCACACCGCAAACCGUGCUGGACAAUGAGCAGAUGCUACUGCGCCACCAACGGAUCUCUGGCGGAGCAAUGCCCAGACGCUUGGCUCAAAGUCCCAACCAGCAGAGUGGUUCAGGAUCACAGAAUCAGCACAAGGAGCAAUUAAAUCUAGGACAUGCCAUCACCAAAUGCAGCACCGCCGAGGAAGUGAGCGAGUCCAAGCAGUUGCUCUUCCGCAAGCACAUCGGUGACCAGCGGGCAGCCAAGUUGGCCAAUCUGCGGCAGAAAUACAUGCGUCAGCCGAGCGAUGAGACCAGCAGUAGCACCUAUCCGAACUCCUCGAGAUCCACAAUGCCACGAGAUGCGACCUGCAGCAGUAUAUCGAGUGUUAUGGGUGGCGGUGGCACUGGCGAUUAUAUGGACUCCUCGUGGAAGGAUACGGAUGAGGUAGACACGCCCAAUGUCAGCUUCGGCUUGACCAAGUCGGAUAGCUUUGACUAUGAGAACUCGCUGGAUCGGUUGCGCAUUAGCCAGAUGGAGCGUCUGUGGUCCCGCCAGCACUCCUUGGACCAGAGUCCAGUGCACACACAUUUGGGAGCACCAGCUCCGCAUCCUUUACAGACAAUCACAGAGGUGCAAUCGCAGAGGAGCUCCUUCCAGCGCAGCGAUACCAUACCAUCGGAAUCGGAUGGCUUCUCGGAUGCCAAUGGCUUCAAUACUUACCCAGGCAGGCAGAUUCAGUCUCAUCUGCAGCAGAAUUCGCAUUUUCCACGCAAUCGUCCCGGUUUUCUGCAGUUCUUUGGACCCAACAAUAGCGGACCAAGCAGUGGACCAACGCCACCAGCCACGGCACCAGUUCAACCCGCCGCUGCUUCGACUACUGAUCCCUUCCGGCUGCUCCACCCAAGCUAUCGUUGGAAGAGCGAGGCUCGCGAUAACCUCAGUGUACAGGUGGCAGCCUCUGGAUCACCCUCCUCAGAGCGUAGUUCUCCCCAGCUCCUGUCCGCAGCCACCACAGUGCUGCGUUGUGGCAGUGAGGCCCCGCCGAGCACCACAUCGGCCAGUACUUUUGGCACCACUGUGCCGGCACCAACGCCUUCACCACUUCAAGUGCGUCGCUUUGAGAUUUCACGAGACAGUCCCAGUUUGGCCAGUGAAACGUCCACAUCCCUCUCCGGCUACACUCAUGAGCAUUUGGAGAAGGCACGACGCUUUGGCAAUGUGGUGGCAUCGACACGGAAACCUGGCCAUCAUGUGGGACCCACCAAGAAUCCCAGCUGCCAGUGCGAGAGCUGUCAACGCUGGAUGGCCGAGAGGUUUCAGUUGCGCGGAAGAGCCUUCUCUUUGGGCGAGAAACCGCUGCUAAGGCGACCUAAGAUGUAGAAUUGCAGAAAUCAUACAUUUAUUUCAUUAUCUAAGGCUUGCAUUUAACACUUUGCUUUAGGAGCUUGCUCCCUGAGAAACCAAUUAACCCGAAACCCUAAUCACGAAGUCCUUAAAACACCCAAUUUCUUUCGAUUUAGAAGUAAGCCAAUGUAAGCGAAUGUUCCUCACACAGAAAAACACUUGAAAUGUGCGCUGAAUCA